UUCGAUGAAUUCUUCAUCCAGUUGCCUGCAUUCCGGAUCGCGAUUUGCCGGGAGCACAGUGGCGCCGUGACAGCCAAGUCGAUCGCCUCACACAUCGAUUCGCAACACAGCCGCCUGGCUCCAGGGGAUCGGCGGCGCAUCGUAGAGGAGGCGUCCGCACUGCGAGACGACGGUUCUUUGGCUGCCGACAUGCAAGAUAUUCGGUUCCCGUGCGAGAUCAUGCCCGCAAUCGACGGGUUGCCGGUCUGGAGUGAUGGAAAGAAAUGCGUGCAGUGCGGGCACAUCCGGCGGACAAGGGAGGACAUUCAGAAGCAUUGCCGGGUCCAGCACGGUUGGACGAACCCGCGGGGACGCGGCGGCAAGCCAGGGCGGAUGCCGGCAGGCGGGCUGGGCGAG